AUGGCAGAAUUAAGAGAAAUGAUGACUACACGAAGAAAUGGUGGAAAGAGACAGUUAAAAAAAGCAGUAGAAGAAGCUGGAAAAACUCCUUUUACAAGACAAAUCCAAAGGGAAACAAUACCGUACAAGUGCAGCUUACCGGUGUUUACUAGUAUAUUUGAUGGAAGUGCUUGUGCAAUACAACAUGUGAAAGCCUACACCCGAUCUCUAUUACAAUGGGAAAAUAAUGAUGCAGUCAUGUGUAAAUAUUUUGCUGCGAGCUUGGCGAGAGAAGCUUUGAAAUGGUUUGAAGGGAUACCAGUAGAAUCAAUUGGGUCAUUUCACCAUUUAAAGAACGUAUUUUUAGCACAAUACAUCAACAAUUAUAUGUCAAUACCAGGGAUUAAGACAACAUUCAGACUUCGCAGAAGGAAAAAUGAGACUUUGCGUCAUCUAACAACAUGCUGGAGCACCAUGUGUAGCGAAAUGGGAAGACGAGUAGAUGAGCGACACCUUAUUCUUGCAUUUAUAAAUGCUCUCUUUGCUACAGAUUUAUUGUAUACACAAAUCUUUCGGAUAAAGGAUACGAUAACAAUGUCAGAAUUGCACGAAUUUCAAGAAGAGUACAUAACACUUGAAGAGAAACAAAGAGAUAUGGAGUCGUACCCAGUUGCAAUACCAGAUGCGAAGGGUGGAAAUGCAAGUUUACUUCCAAAAUUGACAAAUACUGUUGCGAAUACAUCGCAAGGGAAUCAAGGAAGGAAUGUUGCAGAAAUGAAACAAAAACUGGUAGCCAUGGGUAGUGCAGAUCAAGCAUAG